GCGGAGGAGGCGACAAUGAAGGACACGAGGCUCACGUUCAGGCGUAGACACUCUUACAACACUAAGAGCAACAAGACCCGUGUCGUCAAGACUCCCGGGGGCAGGCUCAACAUCUUGUAUGUGAAGAAACCCGCCUCUGUCCCCAAGUGCGGAGACUGCGGAUGCGUUCUCCGCGGCCUCAAGGCUCUCCGUCCUUGCGAGCUCAAGUCAACUACUAAGCGUAUGAAGAGAGUUUCUCGUGCAUAUGGUGGAGCAAGAUGCGGAACUUGCGUUCGUCAGCGCAUCAUCCGUGCAUUCUUGAUUGAGGAACAGAAGAUCGUGAAGCGCGUUCUCAGCGAUCAGCAGAAGAAGGGAGGAAAGGCCUCUUCAUAAUUUAGAGUGGAAUAUUGAAUCAGGAAAUAAUCCAAG